AGUAGUGUUAUGUACGUUAGUAUUGGUGGUAUAAGAGUAUAGUAUAAAAGUGAACAUCAGGUGGAGUCGAGAAACUGUACAUACAAUUAACAUAGUUUUCCUUAAUACAUUCCAACUACAGUAAAAAGUGUUAUAUUGUAAAAGUGCAUCCGAAGUAUUGAGGAAGCCCCGUCGCAGUUACUGCAUCACGAAUCGACAGGGGCUAACAAUGUUUGCUAAAAAAAAGAAGAAACCACAAAUAUCUACACCAACAAACUUUGAACACAGAGUCCAUACAGGAUUUGAUAAACGAGAGGGCAAAUUUGUUGGAUUACCACUACAAUGGGCUUCAAUAGUAGGAAAUAAUCAGAUCCUUAAAUCAACCAAUCGACCAUUACCAUUAGUAGAUCCAAGUGAAAUCACACCUACAGAGAUUCUUGAUUUAAAGACUAUAGUACGAGGACAUAAUGAUCCUAGAGUAAAAGUAUUAAUAAAUGACAAAACUACAGAAAAUGGAUUACCCAAAACUAGUACAGUUGCCAGGUCAAAUUCGCUUCGUUCUUCAAGUCCACCACGACUUAGAAGAGAUUACAGGCAUAAUACUAAUCUUCCCCCAUCUGUUCCUGAAGGACAAGAAGUACCUUCAAAUACUAGUCAAAUGCAAGGAUAUACAAACUUUGGAAAACCACAUAGUUAUCUUGAAAAAAUAAGACAAAAUUCGCCAAGUGUUACGUCUGGAUUAAACCCUAAUAUUCAAAAUAUGAUUCCAAAUCUUCAAAAUUUGAACCCUAAUAUGCAGUCUUCACCAAAUUUGACUCAUACUGGACAAAAUGCUCCUAAUUUAUCUCUUAAUUUUCAAAAUUUAAGUCCAAUCGUUAACUCACAAAGCUCAACAUCAAAUCCAACUACUCCACAAGUUCCAGAGUCCGAAUUUCACAGAUUAAAUUCUCAAAUGACGAUGGCAUCAAAUCAAUAUAAUGGCAAUCUGCAGAUUCCAAUCAAUGAAGUAUCUACAAGAGAUCAAGUUGCUCAAAAUAUGUUAUUACAAAAAUUGCAACCAAAAAUUUCACCAGUUGGAUCAAUAGCUUCACAAAGACCAUUAAGUCAAUUGAGCUCUCAUAAUAUUAAUAAAUAUCCACAAAAUUAUAAUAUGUGUGAAAAUCCAUCUGCGAUGCAACCUCAUUUGAAGAAACCAAUGGAAACCUCACAGUCAAUGCAUAACUUAUCAAAGCCAAACGUUCCUUCCACAGUUACUGGAACCACUUCGACGCCAGAUCAAAAUCAAAAUAUGAAAAAUGCCUUAUCAUCAGGUAAUUUAACAGUUGGCUCAAGUUCAAAUAGUUCUAAUAAGCAGACUGCUGAACAGCGUUUAACACAUGAGCAAUUUCGAGCAGCUUUACAAAUGGUGGUAAGUCGAGGAGAUCCUCGGGAAAAUUUAGAAAAUUUUUUGAAGAUUGGAGAGGGCAGUACAGGAACUGUGUGUAUAGCAACAGACAAAAGUACAAAUCGUCAAGUUGCAGUAAAAAAGAUGGACUUAAGAAAACAACAAAGGCGAGAAUUGCUUUUUAAUGAAGUUGUUAUUAUGAGGGAUUAUCAUCAUCCUAAUAUUGUUGAGAUGUAUGAUAGUUUCUUAGUAGAUGAUGAGCUUUGGGUUGUGAUGGAAUACUUGGAGGGUGGUGCAUUAACGGAUAUUGUAACACACUCGCGCAUGGAUGAAAGUCAAAUUGCAACAGUGUGUUCUCAAUGUCUUAAACCAUUGGCGUAUCUGCACUCACAAGGAGUUAUUCAUAGAGAUAUUAAGUCUGAUUCAAUAUUACUUACGGCAGAUGGAAGAGUGAAAUUAUCUGAUUUUGGUUUUUGUGCUCAAGUCUCUCAAGAAUUACCAAAGAGAAAAUCUCUGGUUGGAACACCAUAUUGGAUGAGUCCUGAAGUUAUUUCAAGAUUACCAUAUGGGCCUGAAGUAGAUAUUUGGUCAUUAGGAAUAAUGAUUAUUGAAAUGGUCGAUGGUGAACCACCUUUUUUUAAUGAACCUCCUUUACAAGCUAUGAGACGUAUAAGAGAUAUGCCACCUCCAAAAUUAAAAAAUUCUCAUAAAGUUAGUCCACGUCUUCAAGGAUUCCUGGAAAGAAUGCUUGUUCGUGAUCCAGCUCAAAGAGCAACAGCGGCUGAAUUGUUACAGCAUCCAUUUCUUAGGCAAGCUCAAAGUCCAAGUAUCUUGAUUCCACUAAUGAGAGGUGCAAGACAUACAAAUUGUUGAUAGGUAAGAUCAGAUUAUUAUGAUUCCAUGAAAUGCUUUCAUCAAUGAUUGCAAUAGUAGACACAAAAGUGGAAAAGUGCUAAAUAUGCCUGAUGUAUACAGUCGUAAUUAUAUUGUAGAUCAUGUAAAGUAUAAUAAUGUUUAGACAAUUUAUUCUGAAAAGUUUAAACAUUCCAAUUAUUUCUGAGCUUAUACAUAUUAAUUUAUAUAUAAAUAUAUGAACUGUUUGCCAAUAAUAUUAAUGUUAUGAAAGCAAGAUGUUCUAAAGCUACGUAUAAAUAAAGUUCAUAAAUUGUUCUUGAACAAUUUCUAAAUAGUUCCUGAAUAAUUUGCGAACUUCUAUAUAUAUAAAAUUUUAGUUUAUACAUGGCUGAUAAUAUUGGACAAAUGAAUAAGAUAUCAAUUUAUAUCUACUCCUUGUAGAAUAAAUAAAAAGUGCCUUGGCUAUGACAAGACAUUCAAAACAUUGAUUUUUGACUCAUUCACUGCCAUAAUAUAUUUUCUUAAAGUAAUUUAUACACUAAGUGAAAGAGUACUUUGACUGACUUAUGAAAUUAAAUCUUGUUAAUAAAUAAAACAUGAUACAAAUUACCAUGUUUAAAUAAAUAUAUUAAUUUUCAAAAUAGGAAAUAUAUCUUCCUAUAUAAAAUAUUAGUGGCGGUGGAUGUGUAAAUUUAAGAAAAUGACAAUUGCUUAUCUGUUGUUUCAUGUUUUCAUGAUAAGAUGAAUAUUUCAUUAAUUAUCACAAUGUCACGCUAGUUACUAUUUAAAUAUGAUAUAGAGAAUUAUGUAUGCUGCACAGAUUAUUUAGUCUAUUGACAAAUUGCUGAUAAGAAUAAUGUGCCACGUAUGCCACUAUUUUAAGAAUUGCUAAAUCAUUAAAAAUUUUUUUAAAUUUGUAUUACACUAUAUUAAUGUGUUAAAAAAUGUUAACAUACGUUUUUUAAUACUUUUUAUUUUUAUCAAAUUUAUAUUUUUAUUUAAAAUGAAAUUCUCCAAAUAAGAAAUAUUUUUUUUUUAUAUACGUAUAACAUGAGAGAUAUGAUUAAUGCUGUAUGUAUUCUUUAUUCCGAUUUUAAUAACAUGUGUAUUAAUCUUGUACUAUGUUCUAUAACAAAACAUAGUAAUUAUAAAUGUAAUUAAAUAUUUGUUAAAAUAUAAAAAAAUCACGUAUUUGAACGUGAUUUUUACAAUCUAUUUGUGAUAGGCAACAAAAAUUCAUGUUCAAAUGAAUCAUAAAGAAAUAUUAAUAUAAUCAUUAAUCAAAUAAUCAUUAGAAAUAUAAUAAUUUGUGUCAUUUGAAAAUAACGUUAUUUCUGUUGAAAUAUUACUAGACGAAACUAUUUGUAAUAUCAUAAGAUAUUAUUUUUUGGAAAUUAUGUAUUGUCAAUGUGGUAAUACAAAACUUUUAGUAUAAUGGUUUUAAGAUGGCACACAAAUUAUUGUUUGCACAAAUGUGUCGUUUGAAACAUUAAUAUUUGAAGUUUUAAAAAAUAAUGUUUAUAAGAUCUAUAUUAUGUAGAAAUAUGUUUCAUCUAAUUUUCUUAUACAUAUAUUUAUUAUGAUUCAUAUUGUGGGAAAAUAUCUAUUAUUGUAAUGUAAUACAAAAUGUUAUUUUAUGCAGUAUUCUUAUGGAAGUUCAACAUUCUAAUGGAACAUUCCUAAAUUAAUGGAGGCAUGAAGUGUUCAAAAUAGCUAUGAUUUACUUUUGUAGAAUAUUUUUUUAUUAUUACUCAGCCAUACAAAGUAAUGAAGAGUCAAUAAGUAUAAAUUCAAAUAUUCAUUUCGAAGAAAAAUUAAAAAAAGAGAAAUGCCUUAAAAAAGAUCGUUUUUGAAAAAUCUAGUAUAUAAAUAUUUUUGGAAGAUAUACAGAUUUAAAAUAAAAAUAUAAUACUCGCAUUUUUAAUCAACAUUUUAUAUAUAUUAUAAGUUGUACAAUAUUAUUUUGAAUUCGACAUAAAAAUAUGUAUAUCAACGAUCAGUAAUAAGCAUUAUUUAUAAUGUAAAAUAUAAUUCAUUCAGAAAUUAUUAGGGUCAAAAAUAUUUUUAAUCAAAUCUUUACGUACGUAAGCGAUGAAACUUAUUGGGAUUAUGUAGCAUAAUAAAAAUUAUCUUUAAAUUGUACAGUUUUUAUACUAAUACAAUUAAUGAUUAAUAUAAGUAAACAGAUUGUCAUUUAUACUGUGCAGACAAUCGAUACUUGUUUUGUUGUCAACUUUCUUUUUAAUAUAUCGAAAUAAAUUCACAUUGAAUAGAUUGCAAUGAAGGAUGUAUACGAAUGAUACAAUUAUAUUCUAGCAUUAUAUAUAUAUAUGUAUGUAUGUGUAUAUAUAUAUAUAUAUAUAUAUAUAUAUAUAUAUAUCCCCGAAAACGUAAUGUAUUGACCAAAAAUAUUGAUUUUGUUUUUAAGUUUUUAAUGGGAACCUUUUUUUCAUCUAAGGCAAUAUUGUGACAAUAAUGAUUUUAUUUGUACAGUUUUAUUUGUUAUAUAACUAAUUAUUACAGUUUUGUGAUAUUAUGUAAUAUUGUAGUACUAUAAUUACCCAAAAUGGAAGAUCUGGAUAUUGAACUCUCAAUGUUAUUUUAAUCAUAAAAUUUCAUCAUUUUGUAGUUUCAAUUAUAAUUAUUAAUGAAAGUUGAUAAUGUUUUACGACAAAGUUAAGCGAGUCAUUUAUUCAUACAGUUAUAAAGACUUAGGAGAUUCGAAGAACAAACAAACAAAAAAAAACAAAUAUCGAUGAUUCCAAGAAAGUAUACUUAAUAUCGAAUAUUAAUACUUUUUACUUUAUAUUGCGGCACUAAUCGAUAAUUAAGGCCAUUGUACUUAUUAUAUUUUUAUUAUAAUAAACGAAGAGCUCUCGUUGAGAAUGUACGAAACUACGAAUUAAAUAAUGAUAUUAUAUGUGUACAUAAAUCUAUUUCUAGAAAAUAAAGAUAUAUAGAUAAAACUAUA